AUGUCAACGGAGACUACAGCGAAUCCCUCCGACGCCAUCGAUCCGUCACCGUUUCUUUCAAGCGGCGACGAAAACGAGGGAAUCAACAACGUCGGGGAACGUAGAUCCGUGAGGAGACAAGGUCUAAGGGAAGCGGCCAGGUUUCUAAGCCGUGCGAGCAGCGGGCGAGCGAUGCGUGAGCCGUCUAUGCUCGUGAGGGAAGCUGCGGCGGAGCAGUUAGAGGAGAGGCAGAGCGAUUGGGCUUACUCGAAGCCCGUAGUGGUGCUGGACAUGGUGUGGAACUUGGCGUUUGUCUCGGUGGCUGUUGCUGUUAUUGUGAUGAGUAGGAAUGAGAAUCCGAUUAUGCCGCUUAGGGUUUGGUUGUUGGGGUAUGCGUUGCAGUGUGUGUUGCAUAUGGUUUGUGUGGGGGUUGAGUAUAGGAGGAGGAAUAGGAUGAGAAGUAAUAGGACUCCUCGUUCUUCGUCGUCUUCUUCCUCUAUGGAGGAAGAUGCUUUGGGUUCUAGGAGGAGUUCACAUGAGCAGAUAGAGAGCGAAAGCAACAGUUUUGCGAAACAUCUGGAAUCUGCCAACACCAUGUUUUCGUUUAUUUGGUGGAUCAUUGGGUUCUACUGGGUAUCUGCUGGUGGCCAAGAGUUGGCACAAGAAUCCCCACGGAUUUACUGGUUGUCUAUUGUCUUUCUUGGUUUCGAUGUGUUCUUCGUCGUCUUCUGUGUUGCGUUGGCCUGCGUUAUUGGCAUUGCUGUUUGCUGUUGCUUGCCAUGCAUCAUUGCGGUUUUGUACGCUGUUGCAGAUCAGGAAGGGGCUUCGAAAGAAGACAUUGAACAGCUCACCAAAUUUAAGUUUCGGAAAGUUGGUGAUGUCAACAAACACGCUGAAGGAAACACCGAUGGAAUAAUGACCGAGUGUGGUACAGAUUCACCCGUUGAACAUACUCUCCUGCAGGAGGAUGCAGAAUGUUGCAUCUGUCUCUCUGCUUAUGAAGAUGGAACAGAACUAAGGGAGCUUCCUUGCGGUCACCAUUUCCACUGCUCGUGCGUAGACAAAUGGUUAUACAUAAACGCGACUUGCCCACUCUGCAAAUACAACAUUCUCAAGAGUAGCAACUUGGAUCGUGAGGAAGUCUAGAAGAAACAGCUUUACUUAUUCAUGACCCACAUAACAUUUGAUCAAGAUGAACUUAAGGGUCCAAAGGUAAAACACGACUGGUGUUUUUAGAUAUGAUGCAUUGUUUGUGAUAUGAUAUUGAUAUAUAUGCAAAUUUAUUAUUACUUUUGUUUGUUUUUAUAGUUUGGUUUGGAAAUGAAUCAGGUUCUGUAUAUCUAUCAUCUUUCACUUGCAACAAAUCCUUUGUAUUAUCUCUCUCUCUCUCGACCUCGAAUUAUUUGAGAUAUUCAUCAUCUGGAGAUUGGCCAAAGAAGAUUUUUU